GCUCUGGACCGCGCGGGCGACCGCGGCCCAAAGUGCCAACGUGGUGCUAACGAUCGGCAGUGGCGGCGCAGUGCGAGCACCUGGCGGCAUCAACGCGAUUGAGACCAAGCGUCACUCGCGCAUCUGCACGGACCUCGCGUACACGGUCAACGCAGCCAUGGCGUCGCUUCAGAAGACGACACCACUGCGAGCGGUCAAGGCGCCGCGUGGCGCCGCGUCCCAGGACUUGACGCGCGCGAUGGCGUACCAGAACCACCUCUUGGAGAUUCAAUUGGCCGAGUGCCAGCGCGAGCUGCUUCGCUGCCAGCAGCGCCUCGCGGCCGGUCGGUCGGACGAGAGUCGCCCCGAGGAGCCGUCGCCGGAAGCCCUUCAUGACCACGAAACCAAGACUUUGUCCUGCUACUUUGGCGCCGUCUCCAACAAUGCGCAAUCCAUCUAAGCCGUACGAGUUACGUUUGCACAAGCCGACGACGAAGCGAAAAGCAAGUCUCUUUCAUGUUCCUACGCA